AUGGAUGGCUUUCUCAGCGCUCAGCGCUUCCUGAGUGAGGGCAAUGCGCAGGCGGCGGUGGACUGCUUGGAGAAGAUCUCCCAAAGCAGCGGACUGGAUCUGGACGGGCAUCUCUUGAUGGCAGAGGCCUUGUGGACCCAGGCUGGUCCUGGAGGCACUGAAGCUGCCCUGCCACACUACGAGGAAGCCUCGGCUUUAGCCAAUGAUGUGUCCAAGAAGGCGACGGUAAGUCUCGGUCAUGGCUUUGCCCUCCUGCAACUGAAGCAUUUCUCCAGGGCGCGACAGGAACUGCUGAUAGCGAGAAGUCUGGCUGAGGAGGACGGGAAUCCGGCAGCUGCCCAGUUUGUAGACAGCUUGCUUCGAAACGUGGAGGCAGCUCAAACAGAUGACGCAGCAAAGUCAACAUGGCUUGCAUUCGCCGACGCCUACACGGACGGCACGAAGCCGGUGCUGUUCAUGAGGGGCAGCGCAAAGGAGCCGCUGGACGCAGCAGGUGCUCACGGAGUGGAAAAGCUGAGAGCUGCCGGGGUGAAGGCCAUGAAGGUGGUGGACCUGAGUGAAGCUGGCCCCGAGCUGCCUGGAGGAUUGCAGACCUUGGCAGACGUGGGCAUCGAGCUCCCGCAGCUCUACUUAAAGGGAGCCGGCGUUGAGCGCUGGAUGGACUUGGAGGCGAGCGAGCUCCGUCGAAGGCUUUUGGACUCCGGCGUGAGCAUGAAAGAUCCCGCCGAAAGCGAGCCUUGUCACGGGGCCUUCUCCGACGGCCUCGCAGAUUGGGAGGUUGCUCUCGUUGAGAUGGUGUCCGUUUCGGGAGCGGGGGACUGGGACAAUAAGGCUCGAUCCCUGGCAGAGAAGGGCUUUCAGAAUGCCCCAGCGACGGGAACAGCUUUGGAGAAAGCCUGGCAGGAGCUUUCCCCUUCCAUCAAAGUGAAGCUCGAGAGUCAACCAGAAAUGCCCUGUGGACACUCCUGCAGCACUUGCCCAACCAAGCACGACUGCCAGUUACACGAUGCUGUGGGUCAUGUCAGAGACAUCGAAGACCUGAUUUAG